AUGCGGCCACUUCGAGGCGAGGAGCAAAGCCUCCUGGCUAGGCCUCACGAUGACGCAUCCUCUCCGCUCUUGACGCCGACGCACGAAGAUGGUCCAGCCGAGCCACGCAUCAAGACCGGUGUCGAAGGCGCACCAGCUUGGGAUCAGAUGUCACCCCAGCAACGCACUUUCGUCUACCUCACCUUCGGCUUGCUCGGCAUGGGCGUGCUGCUUCCCUUCAACUCGCUCAUCACACCAGCAGAAUACUUCCGCUCCUCGUUUGCACGCACUCCUUACGCCAACAACUUCAGCAGUUGGAUCGUCGUGUCUUACAACGUGAUCAGCAUCCUCGUUGGGAUCCACGCUACCGCGACUGGUGGCUUCGAGAGGUCGAAUCCGCGCCGCAGGAUCACUCUCUCUUCGACUGUCAUCAUCGUCUCCGUAUUUCUCUUUGCGCUGUCCACUAGGAUCGGUCAGCUGACCCUGCGCAACGGUCACCACGAUGACGGAACUCCACUCGUGCCCAGCAAUGGCUACUUCUACUUCACACUUUUGCUGGGUGGCUUGCUCUCCAGUGCAUGCGCGUACUUGCAGAACAGCGUCGUAUCGCUCAGUACCGCUUUCGGUGCUGGCGGAUCCUUCAUGGGCAGCAUGCUGGCAGGACAAGGUGUCGUUGGCGUCGGAAUCAGCAUCUUCGGCUUCGCUUCCGCCUGGUCGCAGCAAUCAGUACCAGAUGACAUUGCCGCUCCCGAGCCAGCACAGCAGACGGCACGCGGGAUCGCUCGAGCUGCCACUCUCUUCUUCGGCAUGAACACCAUUCUGAUGAUGGUCGUGCUUGGUGCCUUCCUGUGGCUCAUGAAUACGCCGCUCUACACCCAAGUCAUGGCCAAGCAGGUGGCCACCAUCGACAAGAUCGACGACGAGCGCAACAACGGCGCAAACGACCUGGAGGAAGGGGACGCGGACCAUCCGAUGGUGCAAAGCUGGCACUCGAUCCGCUCCAUCUCGCAUCCCGCCUACAGCUCUUGGCUCAAGAAGGUGCCUGGCUUCUACAGCUUGGCACCCUCGACGCGCGAAUCGCUGCUGCGCAUCUCGCUUGUGCAAUCCAAGGUCAAGUGGGACUGCUUUGCAGUGGCAUUCAUCUUUGUCAUCACGCUCAGCAUCUUUCCAGCCCUCACCUCUUCGGUACAGAGCGUCUACACCAACUCGUCCAAGUCGAGGACCAGCUCGCUCGAUCUCACCUCGCCUCAGCUGUUUGUGCCGUUCCACUUCUUCCUCUUCAAUCUCUCGGAUCUGCUGGGCAGGUCUCUCCCGAGUCUGAUCCCUUCGGCAUUGAUACGAAAAGCUCGAGCUCUCGUCUCGCUGUCGCUGCUCAGAUCCUUGUUCGUGCCGCUGUUCAUGGCAUGCAACGUCGUGACGACCAGUCAGAGGACGGGUCUCAUCAGCCGAACGUACACAGGAGCGCAAGGUGGGUGGCUUUCGGGCCUCAUGCAGUCGAACGAUGCUCCUUUCUUCCUCCUCAUGCUGCUGCUUGGCUUCUCUAACGGUCUGGUCAGCACCAGCAUCAUGAUCUCGGGUCCAUCGAGGAGCAAGCUCGUCAACUCGAAAGGCGCGAGCGAAGGGCCGUUGGCGGCGACGUUGCUCUCCUUCUGGCUUUGUGUGGGCUUGGCGAUCGGAAGCGGACUCAGCUUCCUCACUGUCAAGUCGUAG